GUUCUGAAGAAUCGGUGGCCUGAAGAAGACUGAAUGGCCGGGGUAUCGAUGGUCCCCGCCGUGUGGGCGGCCGUAAUGACAUUGGGGGCGGUGUUUUCGGUGGUUGAAGGGGCCGGAAUCGGGGUGAAUUGGGGAAUAUUGUCAUCGCACCCACUGCGUCCGAACAUUGUGGUGAAAUUGCUGAAAGAUAAUGGAAUUAAAAAAGUGAAACUGUUCGAUUCGGAUGCAUGGACUGUGAGUUCGUUGAGUGGUUCAAAAAUUGAAACGAUCAUUGGAAUCCCUAACGAUCAGCUUAAGAAAUUUGCGAAAAGUUACGAUGACGCUAAAGAUUGGGUUAAAGAAAACGUUACCUCUCACAUGUUUGAAGGCGGUGUUGAUCUCAGGUACGUGUCUGUGGGAAACGAAGCUUUCUUGACGGCUUACAAUGGAUCCUUCGUGAAGGUCACUUUUCCGGCAAUGCAAAACAUACAGAAAGCUAUCGACGCCGCUGGACAUGGCAAAAAAAUCAAGGUCACGACUGCUCUCAACGCCGACGUCUAUGAAUCCAGUACCAACUUACCUUCUGACGGCGAAUUCCGACCAGACAUUUACAGCACAAUGAAGGAUAUAGUCCACUUCCUCGACCGCAACAAAGCCCCUUUCAUGGUCAACAUUUACCCUUUCCUCAGUCUUUACCAGAACCCUAAUUUCCCCCUCGAUUACGCAUUCUUUGACGGCGGCGGUAAGGCCACCAACGACAAGGACAAAUCCUAUACCAACGUCUUCGACGCCAAUUACGACACACUCAUUUGGUCCUUGAAGAAACUCGGCGUCUCCGACAUGAAAAUUAUCGUCGGAGAAGUCGGCUGGCCGACGGACGGCAACAAAUUCGCGAAUGUAAACCUUGCGAAACGAUUCUACGAUGGGCUGUUCAAGAAAUUGGCCUCCGGCGAUGGAACUCCGAUGAGGCCGAAGGAGAAAUUCGAGGUUUAUUUGUUCGGACUUCUAGAUGAGGACAUGAAAAGCGUUCUCCCAGGGUUUUUCGAGCGACAUUGGGGGAUUUUCCAGUUCGACGGAAAACCUAAGUUUCCGAUGGAUUCCUCGGGGAAAGGGAACGACAAAAUGCUGGUGGCGGCGAAAGGAGUGCAGUAUUUGGAGAAAAAAUGGUGCGUUUUGAAGAAGAAUGUGAAAGUUUUUGAUAAUAUUUCGCCGCAGGUGGAUUACGCUUGUAGUCUUUCGGAUUGUACGAGUUUGGGAUAUGGAUCAUCGUGCAACAAUUUGGAUAGGCGAGGGAAUAUUUCGUAUGCGUUCAAUAUGUAUUACCAGAUGCAGGAUCAGAGUGUGGAGGCCUGCGUUUUCAAUGGAUCGGCCGAGAUUGUAAAAAAUAAUGCUUCGGUUGGAAGCUGCUUGUUUCCGAUCCAGAUUGUGAGCGCCGGAGAGAGGUUGAAGGCGGCAGCGGCGGCCAUGGUUGGGCUUGUGUUGAGCUUGUUUGCGUUACGGCUUUGAAGGAGGAAGUUUUGUCAGUUUCUUUUCGAGGGAUUUCUUUAGGGUAAUUUUGAGGGAUUUCUUUUUUAUUUAUUUAUUUAUGGAAUUUGUUCAUUUGAAAUUUUUGUAGGUUUGAAACAUAACAACCCUUUAUUGUCCUAAAAAAAAAUCUUCUACCACUUUUGAAAAAGAAAAAAAAAACUAAUAAACAUUUUUUUAAAA